CUCUCUGCGUUUCCAUAACGAAGAAGGUCGUGCUCCGGAAGGGGAGCGGCCAUGUUCCUGAUUGACCCUCGGGCGCGUUGCGGCGAGCGGGAAGAGGCGGGCUUGGAGCCCUCGAUCGGCGGCGGGGCCCCGUCCUUCUCCUUCCUGAAGAUCGUCAUCCUGGUAUCGUUCCUCCAUGGCAUUGUGGACCCGUGAGGCAGUGCUGGCCCUUUAUCGCGCUCUGCUGCGUCAGGGGCGGGGCCUGCGCUACACCGACCGUCAGUUCUACUUUAACUCCAUCCGACAAGAAUUCCGCAAGAACCAGAACCUCGAGAAUCUUGAAGAGAAGGAAAGACAACUGGAGAAGGGCCAGGCUUUCUUGCAAAGUAAACUUGGAGGAUUGGUUUAG